AUGGGGGGCUCUCAAGCUUUUGCUUUGCUCGAGGGCCCUGCACCCCCGCGACCUGCUCACUUGGCCUCAAGUCGAGUGGAGGCUGCAGACCUCUCGCAUCAUGUUAGUCGAGGGCCUGGGCCUGGCAGUGCAGUAACUCUGCAAGGCCGGGUGUCCAUUGCAUUGGCAGCUUCAGCCAUCAUCGCGUUCCGAGGGUCACGGCGUGUUCGAGGCUUGGUGCUCAGGAGGGCGAAGAAGAAGCGCGAAGAGACGGAGUUUGACCCGAUCGUCGAAUACCGUCGCGUGCAGGAAGAUCCGAUUGGCUCCUGGGGUUUCUUAGAAGAUGGCGAGUUUGCGUCACGAAUUCUGGCUUGUGCUGCAGGCUCAUUCUUGCCUGGGCUGCUGCUGACGACACUUGUAUAUCCAUUAGCUGAUCAGGAUGGUGUAAUUGUUGAAAACAUGGUGGCCUCCUUCUUCUAUGCUGUUGCAAUUUCCUUGACUUUCACAUUUCUUGUUCUUCUUCGUAUUGGUGGCUUGCUGGACCCUUUGAACAAGAAUCUCCUGGCAAAGUCUUACAUCGUGGAAGACAGCCGGGACCAGCGAAGCCAACGGAGCUUUUCCCCGGGGGAUGGUGGCUACUACGCCGUGGAGAGGGUAAAGCCAGAGGCGGAGCUCAAGCGAGACCAGCUCCUUGGCCAAUACGAGACAGCACCCGCCAUGGCCAGGCUCAGAAAGUACUUGGUGGGUUCUAUGGCUCUGCUUGCGCUUGGAUGGACGGCUGGAGCUCUUUCCGGUGCUGAGAUGCGUCGAGACUUUGAGCCAGAAGAGGAUGAGCAGGCUUGUGGAGUUGGUUGCAUACCAGGCUUUGAAACUGAUAAUGCCACAAGAGCAAGCCGGAUUUCUGCACUACUUGGCCGGUAA